AUGCGGGAGAUGGGCGGGAAAGGGGCACAAGCAUCCAGCCGUAUCUUCCUCAUGGGGUUCCUCGGCUUCGCACUUACGGGAUCUCAAGAGAUGUUGCUUGCUUGA